GGCACAUCCAUCGCCUCACCGGGCCCCGACAGCUCGGCUCUAACUGCCGAUGCUCGCGGGACCACUUCUGACAGGCCAACCGAUAACCUCCCCCUUCCGCACCGCCGACGACAAGCUGCAAGACGUGAUGCUGCCGCCAAUGCACCCGAGUCAUCGACCCCAACCCCAUCAACAAAUUCAAUGGCAACGUCUUUGCCUCCCGACGCCUCCUCCCGCCUAGCCGACACAGCCGCCCGCGCACCAGCCCAUUCGCUCCGACGCACCCUCUCCGCCCUCCUCUCUCUCUCCAAACCCCGCCUCACCGUCCUCGUCGUCCUCUCUGCAAUGGUCCCCUACGCCCUCUACCCGGUCCCGGCCUUCCUCUCCUCCGGCGCCCUCGCCUCGGCAGCCGAGCACAUCCCCUCCCUCUCGCCGCUAACCCUCCUCUUCCUCACGACGGGCACAACCCUCUGCUCGGCCGCCGCCAACGCACUCAACAUGCUCUACGAGCCCGACACCGACGCCAGGAUGAGCCGCACCCGCACCCGCCCGCUGGUGCGGGGGUUGCUGACCACUCGCGCCGCGGUGCUGUUUGCGCUGGGCUGCGGGGCUGCGGGGAUAGCCGCGCUGUACCUCGGCGUCAAUCCCACGGUGGCGUUUCUGGGUGCCGCGAAUAUCGCGCUCUAUGCGGGCGCGUAUACCCCCCUCAAGCGCGUCUCGGCGGUGAAUACGUGGGUCGGGGCUGUCGUGGGCGGGAUUCCGCCGCUGAUGGGCUGGGCAGCUGCCGCUGGGGAGAGCGCCACGGGAGACGGGACGUGGCGGGAGCUGUUGUUUGCCAGCGACGGGUCGAGCUUGGGAGGGUGGUUGUUCGCCGGGCUGCUGUUUGCGUGGCAAUUUCCACACUUUAUGCCGCUGUCAUGGGGGAUUCGGGAGGAGUACAAGGCUGCCGGGUUGAGAAUGCUGUGCUGGGUGAAUCCCGCCAGGAAUGCGAGGGUUGCGUUGCGGUACAGCAUUGUGUUUGUCCCGCUGUGUAUGGGACUGUGUGCAGCGGGGAUUACCGAGUGGAGCUUUGCGGUGACGAGUCUGCCCGUCAAUCUGUGGUUGAUCCGCCAGGCCAUCAGGUUUUGGCGCUACCAGGGACACAAGGGCAGCGCGCGAAGUCUGUUCUGGGCCAGCGUCUGGCAUUUGCCUGUCAUUAUGGUGCUGGCGCUGGCACAGAAAAAGGGGAUGUGGACACGUGUGUGGAAGAGCGUGGCCGGUGAGCCGGAAGAGGAGGAAUUUGACGAGGACGAU